UCUCAUAUUAUUUUAAAGUGGUAAACGGCAAAAUAAAAAACUGUUAAAGUCGCCAUUUUGACUAUGCGCCCACUCCCCACCAUCUAUUUUCAGCCCAAGGCACUUACGGCAUCGGUGUCACUCGGUGUGCAAAAAUUAACAGUAAAAAUUUAAUAUUUCUAUCGGUUUUCCCGUAAAUUCCAUUAAAAAAACGUGAACGUCGUAUAGUUUAAGGCACGUACGAUGCGUAGCGUGAGCGGGAACGAGCAGGAACCCCGCGAAAAAGUGCAUUUUCACGGGAAUUAACCAGCUGAUGGCGGGUGGUGGACUUUACCGAGGCAGCUCAUAAACGACAGUGCUAAGUGCGGUUUCGCGUUUAAUUCGACUAAAAAACAAACUGAUAUUAUCGUUGCGCGACUUCCCGAUCCUUUAACCCCGUUUUUAUCGUUCAAACGUAUUGAAAAAAUAGACGGGAAUCGUGGGAAAAGGGCGUGCGGACUGAACACACCUCGCGGCUCCCAGCCACACUCUUCUUGUCAAUUGAUAUUUCGCGACCGUUCGUCAUCCUUAGACUGGCCUGUUAAAAAAAAAUACAAAUGAUUCGGGAAUUUUGAUGCAUUUUGUAUCGGUGCUCCUCCCCCCCUCUACUACUCAGUGGCUGUUCAUAAGGAUAAAUAAAACAGGGAAGAAGAAGUAGGAUAAAUGUCUACCGGAGCGUUCGUAGACCGGAUCGAUCCUUUCGCCAAACGGUCCUUAAAAAAGAAAAGUAAAAAGUCCCAGGGGAGCUCCAGGUACAGGAGCAACCAGGAUGUUGAACUGCAAUCCUUGCCCCUCUUGAAAGAUGUGCCGGCGAGCGAACAGGAGGAGCUGUUCAUCCGCAAGUUACGGCAAUGCUGCGUCCACUUCGACUUUAUGGACGCGGUGUCCGACCUAAAGGGGAAGGAGGUGAAGCGGUGCUCGUUGAACGAACUGGUCGAUUACAUCACGGCCGGACGGGGGGUCCUCACCGAACCCGUUUAUCCCGAAAUCAUUAAAAUGAUAUCGGCGAACCUGUUCCGUACGUUGCCCCCCAGUGAGAAUCCGGAUUUCGAUCCGGAAGAGGACGACCCCACGUUAGAGGCGAGUUGGCCCCAUUUACAGCUAGUUUAUGAAUUUUUCUUGAGGUUCCUGGAAAGUUCCGAUUUCCAACCGACCAUCGGCAAACGGGUGAUCGACCAGAAGUUCGUCCUGCAGCUGCUCGAUCUGUUCGACUCGGAGGAUCCGCGGGAACGCGACUUCCUCAAGACGGUCCUGCAUCGGAUCUACGGGAAAUUCUUAGGCCUGCGGGCGUUCAUACGCAAACAGAUCAACAACAUUUUCCUACGAUUCGUCUAUGAGACUGAACAUUUUAACGGGGUCGGGGAACUUUUGGAAAUCUUAGGAUCGAUCAUCAACGGGUUCGCGUUACCGCUUAAACAAGAACAUAAACAGUUUCUGGUCAAGGUACUGAUACCGUUGCAUAAGGUGAAAUGUUUGUCGUUGUAUCACGCGCAGCUCGCGUACUGCGUGGUCCAAUUCUUAGAAAAGGAUCCGUCAUUGACCGAACCGGUUGUCCGGGGGUUGUUGAAGUACUGGCCGAGGACGUGCAGUCAAAAAGAAGUGAUGUUUUUAGGUGAAAUCGAGGAGGUUUUAGAUGUAAUUGAACCGUCACAGUUCCUACGCAUCCAGGAUCCGUUGUUUAAGCAGCUGGCAAAGUGUGUUUCCAGUCCACAUUUCCAGGUGGCAGAGCGGGCUCUGUACUUCUGGAACAACGAGUACAUCAUGUCCCUGAUGGAGGAGAGCAACCAGGUGAUAAUGCCGAUCAUGUUCCCGGCGCUCUACCGGAUCUCGAAGGAGCACUGGAACCAGACGAUCGUCGCUUUGGUCUACAACGUUCUCAAGACGUUCAUGGAGAUGAAUUCGAAAUUGUUUGACGAGCUCACCGUUAGCUAUAAAGCGGAAAGACAAAAGGAAAAGAAACGAGAAAAAGACAGAGAGGAAUUGUGGAAACGUUUGGCCGAGCUGGAACUGAACCAUAACAAAAACGUGCCGGCGAUCGCGACGGCGGGCGGCGGCGGGGCGGCCGUGAACAGUUCGAGCGUCGCCCAAUCGAACCCGGCUGGAGGGGGCGGCGGAGGGGCGACCGCGGCUCCCGCCCAAAACAACAACCCUCCACCCCCCGUAGGCGGUAAAAAGUGAUACACCACUAACAACGCGAAUAAUGCGAGGGUCACUCGGGUCUAGGCUUUUAAACAGAUUUUUUUUG